AAGAAGAAUUUCAUCAUAGAUUAAUUCUGAUUCGUCGAUGAAAAGAAUAGAAUGUCGAGAACCAAUAAUAUCUAAGAACCGCUACGUAGUUGUAAAUUGUGAUGGUUGUUAUUGGUCAAUGCAAAUAAUACAUAAAAAUAAAUUUGAUUUGAGACUCGAUCUGGAAAUAUGUAAUAGAGGAAGUAUAGCGGAUGUCGUUGCCCGAAAACUGUAGUAGCGUCCGUGGUGAGAAGAUAUAAUUCUCUUCUGGUUAUCCAUUGUGGUUUCUUCGACGUGUUCGAGUUAGUUCAAUGCAGAUGUUGAAUAUUUUUACCAACCAUUUUUUUUCUUUUUUGAUUUAAGUGUUAAACGUAAGAACUAAUAUAUAUUUUCAAAUUGCGAAGAAGAGAUUAAUUGCAACAUAAACGUAUGGUAUACGGCUGAGAAAAUUACAUCACGAGGAAGGCAGCAGAGUUAAUUGAAGAUAUGGAUUUGUUGACAUGUACAUUUUAAACAGCUGCUUUUAAACAUGUUCAUCUCUUAUCUUAUUUAUAAAUCAUCCUAUUAGGAUAUUUAAUGUCAUUGUAAUCAGCUGUAUAUAAAUAUUUUUACAAUGUCAACCAAUACUCAAUUCUCAAAUCUUUCUCCGGCCAUAAGUCUGCCUAACAUGUCAGUACCGCCACCAUCUGCGCCAAAUUUAUCUGCUCCACCUCCAAAUUUAACUACUAUAAAUACUUCUGGAAGUUAUCAACAUCGUUAUACAAAUCAUAGAGAUGGAAAUCGUGGUUUCUUUAAACCAUUCAGACCAUAUCAUGCCCCUAAAGUUGUGGCUGGUGGUCAAGAUACUUUACAAGAUGAAUUUGAUGGAAAAAGACUUAGAAAAUCUGUUAUGCGAAAGACUGUUGAUUAUAAUUCUGCUAUUAUUAAAAGUUUGGAGAACCGUGUAUGGCAAAGAGAUUAUAGAGAUAGACGUGCUCUUCAACCAGAUGUCAUAUAUUAUCCUGAUCUUCUUCCACCUCCAAGUUAUGUUGAUAAUCCAAUUAAUGCAGUCACUACAAGAUUUGUAAAGACUGCAACAAAUAAAAUGCGUUGUCCAAUAUUUUGUAUGGCAUGGACACCAGAAGGUAGACGUUUAGUCACUGGUGCAUCGAGUGGUGAAUUUACCUUGUGGAAUGGUCUUACAUUUAAUUUUGAAACUAUUCUUCAGGCACACGACAGUCCUGUAAGAACAAUGGUUUGGUCACAUAACGAGAGCUGGAUGGUGACAGGAGAUCAUGCAGGUUAUGUCAAAUAUUGGCAGAGCAACAUGAACAAUGUCAAGAUGUUUCAAGCACACAAAGAAGCAAUUAGAGGACUCAGUUUCAGUCCAACGGAUCAUAAACUGGCAACCUGUAGUGAUGAUGGUACUGUCAGGAUUUGGGACUUCCUACGCUGUCAUGAAGAACGAAUUCUUAGGGGUCAUGGUGCAGAUGUUAAAUGUGUACAUUGGCACCCUCAAAAAAGUCUAGUCAUCUCAGGAAGCAAAGAUAAUCAGCAACCUGUGAAGCUUUGGGAUCCAAAGAGUGGACAAUCACUUGCCACCCUGCAUGCACAUAAAUCAACUGUAAUGGAUAUCAAGUGGAAUGAGAAUGGUAAUUGGCUAGUGACUGCAUCGCGAGAUCAUUUGCUUAAAUUAUUUGAUCUCAGAAACCUCAAUCAAGAAGUCCAAACUUUUCGUGGUCAUAAAAAAGAGGCAUCUAGUGUUGCAUGGCAUCCAAGUCAUGAGGGACUUUUUUGUAGUGGCGGUAGUGAUGGUGCAAUACUCUUUUGGCAUGUCGGAGCUGAUAAAGAGGUUGGUGCAAUAGAACAAGCUCACGAUAGCAUAGUAUGGACAUUAGCAUGGCAUCCUUUGGGACAUAUUCUAUGUUCUGGUAGUAAUGAUCAUACUUCUAAGUUUUGGACACGUAAUCGACCUGGUGAUCUCAUGAGAGACAAAUAUAAUCUCAAUACAUUACCUGCAGGAACAGCAGGAGUUGAUGAUCAUGAAAUAGCUGAUGAAGCAGCAGUAAUCCCUGGUAUGGGACCAGAAGAUAGAAUUAAUGCAGAUGGUGAGCUAGAAGAUAAAAGUGGGGAAAUACCUGGAUUGGAUUUGGAUCAUGCAGUCGAUGAAGGAAAGAAAUUUACUAAUAAAAAAGUUCCAUACAGUAAGCCAAUACCUAGAAAUUUCCAGGCUCAGUGGAAUGAAAUGGAAGCAGAAGAUAUAGAACAAGUAGAAGCAUUAAAUGCUUUCGUAAAUCAAUUGAUUGAAACGACACCAGGAGCUGUACCCUUGAGCGAACUUACUCCUACUGCUAUCAUAUUAUACGGAAAAAUGAUACCUGUUGAACCUGGUUCAAAAUUAGCAGAGGCAAUUGGUAAAGGAAAUGAUGCCAUAAAUAAAUUAGUAUUUUCUGGGGAAAUAGAAGAAUUAAGAGACGUCGUGGGUCCAUUAAAUAACGUCGAUGAGACAGAAGAUUAUUUACAGGAUGAAGGAGAAAUAGACUAUUCUAAAGUUCCGGAUAUUGACCUUCCUCCACCAUUACCUAGUUCUAAAUUUGCACAAAAUCCAGAAUUGCUUAAAACUUUAAAUCGUGGUGGAAAAAGAAAGUUCGAUCAAUUAAUUGGUUGGAGUGAUGGAGGAGCUAGUGAUCGAACUUCAAAAAUUCAUCAACCAGUAUUUGGUGGUGUUAUCACAGAAGAUAUACAAUCAAGUGAUGGGGAUACCAGAUACAGUGCCAGUAAAUCCAAUGAUAAUAGUUCCUUCCAAGGUCAAGAUGAGGAUUUAAGAAGGCUUGCACACGGAGAUUCGAGAAGUAUGCAACGAGGUGACGAAGACUUAAGAUAUAACACAUCUAGUGGGCCUGGUAGACCAGGAUCGCGAUCAGAAUAUGAUUUAAGAAAUAAUUAUGGAGACAAAGAUUUUAGAAGUAUGAAUUCUCAAGGAUUUCUCUUGAAAAAAUCUUCCGAAAAUGAUUUGUACGAUGAUAAGGAACGAGAUGGAUCUCGAUGGGACGAUGAAAAAAUUAUGAGUAGUAGUUCUAGGAAGGAUAGUGGUUUUUCAAACAGUAAUUUUGAUAAACGGGAUAAUAUGCAAUUAAACAUUGGACCUGGAAUGGGUAGUAAUAUGUCUCACAUAGGAAAUAAUAUGUCCCAUCUACCAAACCAUCAUAAUAUGCAAAAUAUUAAUCCUAAUAUGCCACUACCAAUUCCAAAUCUCGUCCAACAUCCAAAUAUGCCUCAGCAUCCUAUGCAAAAUAAAUUGCCUCAUGGAAAUGUUCAAGGAAUGGAUGGUCCAAUGCCACAUAUGAUGCAUCAUCCUGGUAUGCAUCCUGCUUUUGGCCCGAAUGGACCACCUCCACCAGGAGGUUUUGGUCCCAAUUUUAGACCUCCUAAUGGCAAUUUCGGUCCAAAUCAACAUUUCAGGCCAAAUCCUAUGCCACCGUUUGGACCAAAUCAAGGCCCACCUUUCAACAGCAAUUUUCAAGGCACACCUAAUUUUCGAGUACCCAAUUCUGGACCACCUAAUUUUGAUCGUCCUGGUUUCGGUCCUAAUUUUCGAGGUCAAAAUGUCGGUAGCCAAAAUGCACCAAAUCAUUUUAAUUCCAAUUUUGGUAACUUCGGUUGUAACAAAAAUGGACCUAAUCGUGGAAUAAAUCGUGGACCUAACGACAAUAAUAUGGGAAGAAACGGAUAUAAUAAUCGUGGCAGGGUUCGUGAUAGUGAUCAGUCAAGAGGUACGAGAGGAAGAGACAAUUAUUGAAACAGUUAUAAUAUAAACAAGGUGUUUACACUGUCCGAUUAUAUCAAUGAAUUACAUUCUUCCCAUGCAAACUAACGAAAUCGUACUGGUUGCAUCGGUAUUAUUCAACAUUAUAAUUUUGCCUAAAUGGUGAUGCAUCAUAAGCAGUGCCGUGUAAUAUACUAAUUCAUGUUGGUUGCAUUAUAAUGCCUUACAGAAAUAAUUGAAGCAUUCAUUGCUCAUUUACAAUUAUGACUUGCAUCAGUGAGGAGUGCAUUCGUCUUUAUAAAUAAACUUUUUUUUCCAUAAUUCAUAAAUUCGAAUAACUGCAGAAUUAAAACUGUUGAUUCAGUGAUUUAUGGAAAAAUGAAAAUUAUCUUAAGGGUGGAUAAACUUAUGUACAGGAUAUCCGCAUUAACAGCAUAAUAUAUGUUCACCUGAUCUAAAUAUUCACUGAUGUAUGAAGAAUACAAAUUUAUAUAUAUAUGUAAAUAUAUAUAUAUAUAUAACAUUACGUAGUUGAUAUCAACAAUAAUAUUACGGUAAAAAUGACGUUUACAGCGUUGGUAUGAAAAAAUUUUGGUUCUAUAUGAAUAAUUACCGAAAUCAUGAAAAUAACAAUGAUAUGUUGCCUGUAAAUGAUUUAUAAUCAGCGAAUGUGUGAGACAAACCAAUUUACUUAUUCAUUAUUAAUAAAAUGGAGUAAGGCAUAAGAACUUUUCUUUGAAACAUUGUUCCCAUACUCAUUUGUGUAAGUAAUGAAAUGAGAAGAUCUCAAACUUGAUGAUAAAAAAAAGUUCAAUAAUGGAUAUAAUAAUAUUUAGCAAAAAUAUAUAGUAAUAUGCAUUUACUUUUUUAAAUCUGUUAAAAGCACUGCAAUCUAAUAAAUAAUAACCAGACAAAUUAAAAAAAUAACACUUUUGUGUACUUUAUUACAGAGAAAACAAAAUACGACUUGCAAACUCGUAAUUAAAUUAUUUGCACAUUUCACAAAUAAAUGAUGCAUUAAGAGCUAUCGAAGCGAUAAACUUAUAAUAAAAAUCUGAAACUACAAA